GUUAGUGGACAUUGUUUUAACGUACCGAGAAACUUCACCUAUUUGUUCAAAUUUCUGCACUAACUGAUGAAAGGUCGACUCGUUAUUUAAGUAAAACGUUUUAACAAAACAAUUUAAAUCAGUUAUAUAUUGGCCACCCCGUAUAACACCCACUUCAACUGACAUUGUCACCGAUACAUUUUAUACGCUAAAACUGCAUCUGUCCGAUCAAAAGUUCCGAACGAAUAUUUGAGAAAAUGCAUUCGUGUAGCCUGAAGCAAGAUCGCCCACUCUACAAACAGUUCAGCAAGAUGCCAAUGAGAUGGUUCAACUUCAUCAGUAUCUCUAAAGAUCACCCGGAAUCAAGGAACUUCUUCAGAAGCGACUUUGCCAUUCGCCAAGAGAAAGAGAGACACAUGCACUCCAAAAGCUAUUUCAUAGUACAUCCUUUCAGUAAGUUCAGAGCAUGGUACGAAAUACAUCUCCUUGUGCUUUACACCACGCUGAUUAUAUGCAAGCCGAUUCUAGUGAGUUUCUCGACGAGUCGGUCCAAGCCGUACUUCAGCAAUCUUCCCGAUCUUUUUAAAAGCUCGAUUUUCUGCAUGGAUCUUCUAUCUAUAGUCGAUAUAGUUAUGAACUUCAUCACCGGAUAUCCCAUCAGACUCGAGAGAAGAAUCGAACUGGAUCGUUCAAAAAUCGCUAAGAACUACCUGUUCAGUCCCUACUUCGUAUGCGACGUACUUUCAUCGUACCCAAUGACGCUUCCUUACCUGGCGAACCCAGACUUUUGCUCGGGCCGUUGUCACACGUACAAGGCCAUAAUCGCUCUCUUUAUGUUGUUCAAAAUCGCUCGAUUAGUCACGGUGGUGAAUCUCAUGGAUAAAGUUAACGAUCACCUUAACUUGCACCUGAAAGGGCCAAUGUUCUUGAUAGCUUGCAUCACGGUGUCGCUGAUCAUCACUCAUUGGAUGGCUUGCAUGCACUGGGGCGUGUCAAGGAUAUUCAGACAUUACAUCCGUCGGGAAGACAUAAAUAGUAGCAAAAGUUGGAUAUACAUUACCGGUGCCUAUAGAAUGCCUUUCAGCAAUCAGUACACAAGGGCCUUUCUGAGGAGCAGCGCAUGCGUUUUGGGUGUUUAUGUUCCAGUACACAAAUAUGGAGAAGAGGAAUAUGUUAUGUUUAUCUUCACCUACAUCGUUGGAAAAAUGUUAAUAUUUUCAGUAUGGGCUGUUUUGGCGAUAUACAUUUUGGGAACAAGAUCAAUGAAUAUCAGAUUCCUAGAACUGAUAAAUCAAAUACAAGCAUACACGAAACUGAGCAACUUCCCUACUGAUCUCGAAGACAAGUUACUGAAGUUCUGCUCCGAAAAAUUCAAUAAGAAGUAUUUUCGGGAAGAAAGUAUUCUAGGAUUUCUAUCAGAAAAAUUGAAGAACGAUGUAAACAGACACUUCUCCAAGAAACUCAUCGGCUCUACGCUCCUUUUCAAAGAUUUGACAGCGAAUGAGGUGGACCAAAUUGUGGCUAGACUGACUCCUCAAAUUUUUCUACCCAAGGAUGUUAUUAUCAGGGCCGGUGACGUUCCCAACGCCCUGUAUAUAAUAAGCAGUGGAACAGUAGCGGUGUUUACAAGAAGCGGAAAAGAGAGUGGCCAAGAACUGAAAUUGGUAUCAUCAUCAACAGGUAUUUCAUCUACAAGACGGCGACGUAUUCGGCGAGGUUUCGCUGGUGCUGAAAACACAAACGAUGACAACAACGAUAGCCUUAGAAACCACGCAGGUCUACAGGCUAAACAAAAAAGACUAUAUGACUUACAUGGCUAAGAACAAACUAGUUACGUCAAAGUUGAAGCACUGGGCCACUACAAGAGCUAAGAACAUUGAUAAACUGGAGGAACAAUACAAGAAGGAGAUGUUCGAAGAAAUGUACCGCAGACCCAGCAAGAUAUCCAUGCUGGUCUCAUCUCCUCCAGCAGCCAAGAAGUGAAUUCGAAAUAUUAUUGUUUUUUUUUUAUUGUAUUAGAAUGAAAAUUGUAUUUCUGGGUAAUAAAGGAAUCUACAAAGAAAAA